CGGGCCGGGCCCCUCCUGUCCGCACUCGCCAUGGCCGGCUGCGGGCCGGGGCGGUGGCGGCUGGCCACUCUGGCCCUGGUGGUGGCGCUGAUCUCGGGGCUGCCCGCGGUCGGGGCUGGACAGACUCUGCGCCCCGCCGAGCGGGGUCCCCCGGUGCGGCUGUUCACGGAGGAGGAGCUGGCCCGCUACGCCGGAGUGGAGGAAGACCAGCCCAUCUACAUGGCCGUGAAGGGCGUGGUGUUCGAUGUCACCUCUGGAAAGGAGUUCUACGGCCCAGGAGCGCCCUACAACACCUUGACGGGGAAGGACUCCACUAGGGGGGUGGCCAAGAUGUCGCUGGACCCCUCGGACCUCACCCACGACACCACGGGCCUCACUGCGGAGGAGCUGGCCACCCUGGAGGACGUGUUCAGCAGGGUGUACAAGGCCAAGUACCCCAUCGUGGGCUACACGGCACGGCGCAUCCUCAACGAAGACGGCAGCCCCAACCUGGACUUCCGGCCCGAGGACCAGCCCCACUUCCACAUCCAGGAUGAGUUCUGAGCACCCCGGGGAGACAGACAGGGAGACGGACGGACGGAGAGACCCCUGGCGCAAGGCCCCAUGCACCGGCUGCCGGGGCCCAGCAAAGGCCAGCUGGGCCACCAAUGUCCUUCACUGUCCUUGGCCUUGAGGCACGGUCUGGGGGCCCUCCCUCCUGCACCCAGGCCUCUCAGUGGCAGAAGAGGUGCCUGGGGUGAGGGAGUGGGCCCUGGAGUCUGGGGGCCGGGUCUGCACCUGGGGACUCGCUGGGCUCAGGUUCUAGAAUCAGGCUUUUGGGGGCACCUGACUGGGCCCCAGCCUUGUCACCCGCCAGACUCAGCCACGUCCCUGCCUCCUUGGGCAGCUUCCCAGGGCCCCCCUUGGCCCCAUGGUCAGCAUCCAGGAGAAACAGUGUGAGUGGCCUGAAUAAAGCAGCCUCCUUUCCA